GACGUAACAGGCCUACCUACCUAGCGGGCGCUGAUCCACGCUCAGGCAUCGGCCAACCCGAGUGCCAUGCCGCGCAGGUUCGGUGGAUGAAACCAAAGUGUUGAUACUAGUGCAGCGCUGGAUGGGUUCCAUGAUUCCAUGCCGGCUUCUACCAGUGUUCGGUCGCCAGGCUCGCGCGUCAUCCCAGCUCCCAAGCCAAGGACCAUUGAACCAAAGAACGACGACAAAAAAUAAAAAAUAAAAAAAAAUUAGAUAGAGUACAUGUAAGAAGCGAACCCCGCCCUUGGAAACCCAUGCCCAUCCAAAGCGAACGGGUCUAGCCUCUCCCAUUUUAUUACAUUUGCGGUUACCAAUUGAGCAACCACCACAUCUCCAUAGGGGCCGUGGCUUUUUCCCUUUCGUCGCCGGCCUCCCUGUCUCUGUCAUAUUCCAACCACUGCUGCCGUGGCAGCCAAUAUCGACCAACGGCAAACAUCUCCUGUCCAAUGUACGUAUAGCAUCGCCCUGCCCCCCCCCCUCCCUCCUCUUCCUUGUUGAUACCCGCCCGCUAUCCGCUGCUUCGACGUGGUAAGAGGUAGUGUAGAGGUAGAAGGGAAGGUACCUGGCCUUUGUCACCCACAUUCGGGUCCCGUCCCAUUCUUUGCCCAUUCCAAAGGUACCUUACCUGCCCUCUACUUGCACAGCAAGGUACAUGCACCUGUACCUUUGCUUGGCCUGCCUGCCUACCCAGUGUGUGUACCGAGUACGGAUACUGCUACCGUUAGCACCUCUCACUGGAAAGUAGCGAGUUCUAAAACUCCUUCCACGCCCUCCCCUAUCUCUUCUCCCGUCUAUGUCUGCCACCACCUCCAGUCAUACGCCCUAGGCGAUUCCAUCCUUCCUUUUUGUUUCUUUGCAUCCUCCUCGUCUUCCAAUUUCCCCCGAGUCUCAGUCCGCCUGAAGCACGACAACAACCACCCGUUACAUGUCAUCAACUACCGACUACCCGCGAUUUACGGCACAAUUGUCUAGACGCGCAUGCCGUCGUCGCCGGGAUUCUGUUCAAUCUGACCUUCUGUGCGUCGCGUUUCUAGUUCCUAACCACCCAGGCAACUCGACCUCGAUCGGCCCUUUAGCAGUCUCCUCGCCUCCUUGAGCGUCUCGAAAAAAUCAUUCCUACUCGUCGGACACCACAAUUCCAGUUUUGUUUUUCAUUGUCGCAAAUAUCGCCUGCCAGCAUUUCCAGUCCACUUUUGAAACUCGUGCCGAGACUUUGGAGUUUGCAUCCCUCGCUAUCGCACCGAUCACAACCGCCUCGCCUUCGGAAUAGAGAAAACCGAUCCAAAAUUAAACCAAUUAGUGGUUGCGUCAAAAGAGGCAUCGGCGUCCAAACGCUGUCGGAGUUGUCUUGGCCUAUUGCUGGUCCCUUUCCCCGAGGCCAAAACAAGCAUUGGCUACUUUCAGUGCGUCGGCAAGAAACCCAAGCAUUCAAGGUUGUGGUUUUGGACAGUCAUCUUUUUUCGGCACCAGAGUGCAGUCGCAGGGAGACUGGUCACUACCAAAAGUCAACAUGGAUAUCAUGGAGGAACCACAAGUUGCCAUGGAGGACAUCCACUACCGUGUUAUAUACGUCAACCGCUCAGUAUCCGAGGACCGCUGCAUCCAACGAAGCGCAAGGCAUUUGGACGAGUAUGUUGCAAAGACGGAACCAAACUGCAUUGCCGACACUGUGAAGUGCAUUUUGGAGAUUUUUCCAGAAGCUUACUUGUGCAGCACUGAGGGUGCCUGCAUGUCCCACUGGCUCCAGCCCCAAGAAGAUCACGAGGCCGAUCUUCAACCAACGAUUAUCCUCCUAGACACCCCUUACCAGCAGUUCUUCCCGGCCCAAUUUCCGAAUGAACGCAGGGACGAGAGCCACGAUGGCAACUCGUACGGCCUCUCGUUACUUAAAAAGAUCGAGUCCGAAGCUCGUGCUCGCCAUCUCUACGAGCAGGUUAUACCUGUCCCACUCAUCCAAUCACCCGACGCCAUGAACAACAUCAGUGGGGCAGAUAGGACGAGGAUGCGACAACAAUGUAUCGAUUUUGGGGCCAAGGCAGUCUUGUCGGGUCCCCUGAAUGCUAAGAGCAUCGCAGUGAUUCAAGACAGGGCAUAUUACGCUUACAAGGACGCUCUUUCAAGGAAACAAGCAUUGGCGGACGUGCGUAAGGGCAGAAAACGAUCACUGAUCGCUGUGUUCAACGAUACCCGGCCGUAUGGUUAUCUCCGUGAAUACCUCGUGGAGAGUUUGAUUAAGAAGAUCUGCAGCACGGAGGACGACAGAGAUAAUGAGAUCUAUAAGGCCAAUAUCUCGGUAUGCCCAGAGAAGCGAGCUGAAAUCUCCCGUGCCAUCAGCACAUGGCAUUUCGAUGCUCACAAAUUUGACUACGACGAGCUGAUAGUCGCAGCCGAACUCACACUAAACCAUGCCUUAUCCAUGCCAGAGCUAAAGGCAUUUCGCAUCUCGCCAACGCAGUUGCAAAAUUUCCUCAAAGCUUGUCGGGCUGCUUAUAUGGGUUUUGUGCCAUACCAUAACUUUCGACAUGUUGUCGACGUUCUACAGGCAACUUUUCAGCAGCUGCUCCGGAUUGGCGCAUUGCCUCCUUAUCCAAACGUCAACGGUACUCAUACAAGCCCAAUCGCAGAAUCUCCUGGAACACCCUCCAUAGGUCCGGAAGAAGCCUUCACCCUUCUCCUUACUGCCAUUGGUCACGAUGUUUUGCAUCCCGGUGUCAACAACGGCUUUCUGAUCGAGGCACGAGCGCCUCUCGCAGAGCUUUACAACGAUCGCUCAGUCCUGGAGAAUUUCCACAGCACCAGCUACUGCCAGAUUCUCAAGCGACAUUGGCCGAUCUUUUACGAGAAUAGGCGUCUGCGCACGUUGAUGAUCAGUUGUAUCCUGGCUACGGACAUGGCCCUGCAUUUCGACUACAUGGCAAAACUCGGAAACUUGCAAAAACUUCAAGCUCAAAAACCUGAUCUUGACGGUUGGAAUGAGAAGGCUGUCGACGAGGCGAGGGUGCUAGUGUGCGCUCUUAUAAUCAAGUGCGCUGACAUCAGUAACGUCGCACGGAGACACGAUAUCGGUGCACAGUGGAUGCACCUGCUGAAUGACGAGCUUAUAUUGCAGACUCAGAUUGAGAUGGAUAUGGGUCAAAAAACGGCACUUAUCGCUCCACCAUCGACGAGCCUUGACGGCCGGAUCAGGUCCCAGCUAAAAUUCAUGGAAUUGUUUGCCUUCCCUCUGUUCCGAGGCGUGGCAGAUAUCUUGCCCGGUCUACAGUUCUCCGUUGACGAAAUGGAACUCAACCUUACUCACUUUGAGAAUGAACUCCUACUCCCCUCGGCAGGAUCGACGAUGGAAAACCAACCUGGCAUCUCUAAAUAUAGCCCCCCGCCGAAAUGCGAUUCGGAGCCUCCAACAGAAAAAAGUGCCCUCGAUGGAAGACCUAACGGUGUGCUUCCCAGUCUUACGACUACCGACUUCUCCCGUGGAGGUGCCGGGUUACACGGAUCGAAUCGUCAGCGAUGCAGUGAGGCGACCGAAGGCAGCUCAGCACCCUGCUCGGGAGAGUGGGGUUCGCAGGCAAACAGCGCGACGACGGGCAAGAUGCCGCUCUCGCCUAGUACGCAGGGUACGAGCAUCAUCAGCAGGGACUCGAUGGACAAAUCUGUCGGUGUUCCUAUGACGACUGUCACAGCCCCAGACUCUCCGACUGCAAUUCCUGAGGCGACCAAGAUGUCUUCGGACCGAGAUCAGCUGCAAGUGAACGAAAAACUCGAUCAUUUUAUAAGCGAUGACGAAGAUAACAUGUCUAACGGAAACGGUCACAUGAAUGGCAGCGGAUCGACAUUAGGACAGGAAUAUCUGAAACCGGAACAAGACACCGGCAACGGUAAAACGAUGAGGAAGAAGGCGAGCCUGAUGGGUCUCAAGAACAAGUUUUCGUCCAAAUUCUCCUCGUUCACCAAAUCGAAAAAGGGAAAAACAUCAUGCCCCGCAAGCCCCGAAAGGUCAGCAGAUCCGAUGGGAUAGAGCACCAUCUCUCUGCUUCGGCUUUCGUCGCCGCCUCCGAAACAAGGUAGCAUGCCUGUCGUCCCGGCAGAUGAUAACGAUGCUACGCUCUCGGAUUCUUCACCCGAUAUCGUCAAGCGCGCAAAGAAAUGGAGGCCUCGACCCAGCGGCUCAUGAAGCUUUCCGCUGUAGAUCGUGCAACAUCGAUAAUACCGCAAUAGGAUUUGAUGGUGUUGACGCAAAGUGUCUCCCUUUCCAUCUCAUCUUAGGGGUGUUGUUGAGACGCCUACCCUCGUAUCACUGCCGCUGCUGAGCCCGGUUGCAAUUUAUAGAAUCGAGGUUCGCGAGAUUCUUACGAAACGCCAGCCUGUGGCCCAUUCAUCAUUGGCUCCACAAGUCUCAAUACCGACCACAAACCCUCUCAAUUGGCAUCGAUGCUGGUUGACACUGGCCUACUGGACGCCCAGAGAUUAUGAGGAGUGUCAGUGUCGUCCCCCAAUCGGAAGGAAGAUCAUUUGUUCUGGUUGGGUUUGUGGACCAAUACACGAAGUUUCUUUUUAUUCACAUUCGGUUGCUCAUUAUUCGGUUGGGACAGUAAGGGGUUGGAGAGAAAAGAUGCAUUUAUGAUUAUUGAUUGAUCGAGUUGGUUGGGAUUAGGAAAGGAUGCACCGGCGAAAUUACACACGUAUACACAUGAUUAGGAAAGGCAAUGGGAGGGGGGGGGAAAGGGGAGAGGGGGAGAGAGCAUUUUUACUGUCGGCUUUUUCUUCUUCUUCUUUUUUUAUUUUUUCUAUUCUUCUUCUACUUCUUCGUUUUCUUCUUGUUGGUUAUUUAUUCUUCCGAGUUUGUUUCACACAGACAUGCUUUUUUGUGAUUACUUUUCUUCUUUUGUAGGAGGUUUCACUACCACCAUUUCAAUCUUCCCAAGAGCGAGGGGAAAAGAAAGAGAAAGAAGCUCGACUCUAUUCUGGGCUCAUCCGAGGAAACAAAAGAACUCGCGAAUUCUACUUCGGUUGUGUCGGUGUAUUAGUAGAGGUUUGCAUGGGACUUGCUUCAUUCUUAUCACUUCUUUGUGUGUUUCUUUUCUUCUUGUUUACCUGUCUUGACAAAGACUUGACCUUCUACAUGAUACCUCCUUUUUUUUGGCUUCCUUUUCCGUCUGUCAUUUUGUCUUUUUUUUUUUUUUUUUUUUUUUUUCUUCUUCAGUUGCAUGGUUCCUUCUUUGGCUUGGUUUGGCUAGGGCUCAUCGUCAUUUGGAUUAUCAUAACAAGAUUACUAGCUGCUUAGACUUCCCGGAGUUCAGUUCUCAUUUCAACAUACCCAACCCAUCCAUCAACC